CGCAAGGCGGCUUCAGGCCGGAGAGGGCGGGACUGCUAGUGACUGGGAGGUCGUAGGCGAAGAUGAGGAAAGUGAGGCCCACCGCACAAAAGAGGAGGGUUACAUAAACAGUAAGUGGUGGAGCCAGGAGUCAAAGACUUUGUGUGGCUGCUUCUGCUUUUGAUGAUGCUGUGCUGCAGCUUUCUCAUCUAUAGGAUAAGGAGUUCGUUCAGUAAACGUUUAUUAAGUGCCUGCCACAUGCCAGGUUCCUCCCCCAGCCUAGAUUGAGGACUGUAGAAACGGCCUCAGAAGGAGCCUGAAGAAAUGCCGUAUCUAGGCUCAGAGGAUGUGGUAAAGGAGCUGAAGAAAGCCCUGUGUAACCCCCACAUUCAGGCAGAUAGACCUCGUUAUCGCAAUGUCAUCCAGAAGGUUAUUAGGCAUAUGACUCAGGGUGUGGAUAUGUCCAGUGUCUUCAUGGAAAUGGUGAAAGCCAGUGCUACUGUGGACAUUGUACAGAAGAAGCUAGUGUAUCUAUACAUGUGUACAUAUGCUCCCUUGAAACCAGACCUUGCUCUCCUGGCCAUCAAUACACUAUGCAAGGACUGCUCAGACCCCAACCCCAUGGUGCGAGGAUUGGCACUCAGGAGCAUGUGCAGCCUUAGGAUGCCUGGAGUACAAGAGUAUAUCCAACAACCUAUUCUGAAUGGCCUUCGAGAUAAAGCCUCCUAUGUCAGGAGGGUGGCAGUUCUUGGCUGUGCAAAGAUGUAUAAUCUCCAUGGAGAUUCUGAAGUGGAUGGCACCCUGGUGAACGAACUGUACAGUCUCCUAAGAGACCAGGAUCCCAUUGUAGUGGUUAAUUGCCUGAGAGCUUUGGAGGAGAUCUUGAAGCAUGAGGGAGGUGUUGUUAUCAAUAAACCCAUUGCCCACCAUCUCUUAAAUCGAAUGCCAGAUCUAGACCAAUGGGGUCAGGCUGAGGUUCUGGGCUUCUUGUUACGCUACCAACCCCGAAGUGAGGAGGAACUCUUUGCCAUCCUCAACCUGCUGGACAGUUCUCUUCAGAGCAGCAGCCCAGCUGUGGUGAUGGCAGCCACCAAACUCUUUCUUGUUCUGGCGAAAGAAUUCCCCCACGUACAGACAGAUGUGCUCGUUAGAGUCAAGGGGCCCUUGCUGACAGCCUGCUCCUCAGAGAGCCGGGAGCUCUGCUUCGCUGCUCUGUGUCAUGUGCGACGGAUCCUGCGCAGUCUGCCCGGCCACUUCAGUAGCCACUACAAGAAGUUCUUCUGCUCAUACUCAGAACCACAUUACAUCAAACUGCAGAAGGUGGAAGUACUGUGUGAGCUGGUGAAUGAUGAGAAUGUCCAGCAGGUGCUGGAAGAGCUCCAGGGUUACUGCACUGACGUGUCGGCGGACCUAGCACAGGCAGCCAUCUUCGCCAUAGGUGGCAUUGCCAGGACCUACACAGAUCAGUGUGUUCAGAUCCUAACAGAGCUGCUGGUGCUCAGGCAGGAGCACAUCACCUCAGCGGUGGUACAGACUUUCCGAAACCUGGUUUGGCUUUGUCCUCAAUGCACUGAGGCUGUGUGCCAGGCCCUUCCUGGCUGUGAGGAGAACAUCCAGGAUAGUGAGGGAAAGCAGGCGCUGAUCUGGCUCCUUGGAGUACAUGGGGAAACAAUCCCAAACGCUCCAUAUGUGUUGGAGGACUUUGUGGAAAACGUGAAGGCAGAGACAUUUCCAGCAGUUAAGAUGGAGUUACUGACAGCACUGCUGCGCCUCUUUCUCUCCCGGCCUGCUGAGUGCCAGGACAUGCUGGGCCGCCUGCUAUAUUACUGCAUAGAGGAGGAAAAGGAUAUGGCGGUACGGGACCGAGGGCUCUUCUACUAUCGCCUUCUCUUAACUGGCAUUGAUGAGGUGAAGCGAAUCCUGUGUAGCCCCAAGUCUGACCCUUCUCUUGGGCUUCUGGAAGACCAAGCAGAAAGACCUGUGAACAGCUGGGUCUCUGAGUUCAACACAUUAGUGCCAAUGUAUAGCAAAGCGUGCUGGGCAGCCAUCUCUUCACUUCAGGUGUCAGAGCCUCGUGGCCCGGAACCUUCUGGCCCUGGAGUCCUUUCUGCAUCAGGAUCCUUAGUUUCAGAGAACAAAGAGGAGCUGCAACCUCUUUCUGACUCUGGAUCUUUCCUCCUGGUCCCUAAUGGCCAGCUGACUGCUGAGCAGUUUGAGAAAACUUGGCUAAGCCUAGAAGUGGCCCACCGAGAAGUGUUACCCUGGCAAGGAGUAGCCCAUCCUGACACCAUCCAGACAGCUCUGCAAAUGGUGAACAUCCAGACCAUUGCCCUGAGCAAGGCCGGUGUCCAGCCCUGGAAGGCCUAUCUUAGUGCCCAGGAUGGUGCAGGCUGCCUCUUCCUAACAGAACUGCUGUUAGAUCCUGAGCACUCGGAAGUGCACCUCUCCGUGAAGCAAAGCCAGGCCAAGGCUGAGGCCCUGAACAGUUUUACUUCUGUAUUAAAAACUGUAAUUGGGACAAUUGUGGGCAUAAAAUCUUGAUAGAUUCUUGCUGCCUUUGUAAAGAGGCAUAAAUAAUGAUCCAAGUUCAUCAUUUGUUUUCUGAUUCCUUAAGUUUGAAUAACAUUAGAGGAAAGGGAAGGUAGAAAUCCAGGAACCAGGAUUCUUGGGUGGUUUUGAAGGUCAUUCUUUCUGUGGACAGAUGACUUCAUAUCUCUGCAGUGGUGCUGUGUGCUUCAUUCAUGAUAGAGAUGUAGGUAAAGAUGUAGAAGUGAUUAAAGGGGGCACCUAGGUGGCACAGUGGAUAAAGCACUGGCCCUAGAUUCAGGAGGGCCUGAGUUCAAAUCUCGACUCAGACACUUGACUCUUACUAGCUGUGUGACCCUGGGCAAGUCACUUAACCCUUAUCGCCCUGCAAAAGAAAAAAAAAGUAAUUAAAGUGUUUGGCUGUUUAGGAUCAUGAAAUCUUAGUGUUGGAAAGAUCAUCAUUAUCUGCUCCUGCUGCUUCAUGUCAUAGAUGGGGGGGGGGGGUCAACUGGCCCUAAACCACAAGUCUAGUGAGUGCCCAAGCCAGGCCUGGAAUCCAGGUUCUUGACCUGAUCCGAUUCUCUUUCAUGCCUCAAAGCUGUUUUCUUGCACCAAGUGCCUGAGGAGGCAGUGCCUGCAUGCUCCCCCAUUUUGUUGAUGAGGGACUUUGUGGCUCAGAGAGGUGAAGUAACCCAACAAGUUAUUAGACUUUUUGACCCUUCCACUACACAAAUGAAAGCAUAAUGCCAUUCUGGUGGAGGCUUGAGUAUUAUUUCUGAUUAGGCAUGAGGGUCUAUAUAGAUGAAGGCCUUUAUCAUUUCCUAUUAUCAAUGAACAUUCAUCUCCUUGAAGGUAUCUGCCUUUUUAGAUGCUAGUAACUGGUUUUUUCCCCACUGUUUUGCAAUAUCAAAUCGUGUGGAAAACAUUUAGAAAUCCGUCUGGAUCAUGGAUCCAGUAGGUUCAAAGAAGAGAUCAACUGCUUUCGUGUUUUGAAUUGCUCAGAAAAGCAAACCCAAACCCUAAAUGUUAAAGUAUGGAGGAAAAGGUUAUGCCAAAAGAGGGCCCGCUCUGUCAGCUUCUCCCAAGCUAGAAGUGCCUUAAAGGUGCUGGUGACCUGAAAGCAGGCCAGAGCUACUCCCAAAACAAUAGAGAGGCAGCCUAAAGGGGAAAUGUUGGAUGUGAGAGUUGGCACCAAUCAACCAGAAGUUAAAUCAGUGUCUAUUUCUGUGCCCAGAACUCAGGGUCUGGGGACAUACAAAUAAAUUGAAGCAGCCCUUGUCCUCGAGGAAUUUAUAUUCUAUUAGAGGAGACAACAUGCACACAUAAUAAGUAAAUACCAGGUAAUUCUGUUAGGAAAAGGGUGGUGCUUGAGCUUAGGUUUGAAGGAAAUUGGGGGAUUCUUAGAGAUAGGUGAAGAGAGAGUGCAUUUUUGGCAUUGGGAACAGCCUGUGCAAGAGAUGGAGUGUUUUUUGUGAGGAACAGUAAGAACCAGUUUGGCUAGACGGAUAAGUGCAUGAAGGGAGCGUCAUAUAACAGGCUGUAACCAGGUCAUAAAGGCCUUUAAAUGCUGAGCUGAGGGGCUUCCAUUUCACUUUGGAGGUGAGGAGGAGCCAGAAGAGUUCAUUGAGCAACCAAGUGACUCGACCAGAGCUAUGCUUUAGAAAAACAAGUUUGCCAGAUAUGUGGAGGGUGAAUUGGAAAGGGAAGACACUCAAGGCAGGAAGAUAAACCAGAAGGUGACUGGAUAGUCUUGGAGAGGUGAAGAAGGCCUAAACUGGGAUGUUGGCCUCAUGAGGGGAGAAAAGGGAACUGAUACAAGAGAUGUUGUGGAGCAGGAUGUGCCAACUAAUUGGAUAUGUGCCAGGAGAGUGUAAAGUCAAGGAUGACUCCUGGGUAGGGAACCUGGGUGAUUAGGAUGGUGGCGUUCUUUGCUGAUCAGUAAUGGGAUGCAGCUUGUGACUAGCUGUUGUAUUUCUAGCCCAAGUGAGAGAGAAGACCCAGUCUCAAGCUGGGGUGGGGGUUGGGGUUGGGGGUAAGUUUCCAGGAGCUUGGCUGUGAGAGAAAGAAAAAAUAUGGAGGAAGAAAAGACUAGUGUUAGUGAAUUGAUUGAUGAAAAUUAAAAGUCAAUUGUGAUGUCAAACUGAAGAAACUGAAUAUAGCUCACCUGUUGAAUAUAUAUAUAUAUAUAUAUAUAUAUAUAUAUGUUAUAUAUAUAUAUUAAAUAGACAAAUUAUCCAGAAUAAGGACUGACUUUUAUUGACUGCUACUACUUUAUACUAAUUUAAUAAGAAAAGUAAACAAGACUUAAAUAACUUCAGAGUUAAUUCUUCAGUACUCUCCAACAACUUUGUUUCCUUAUGGCUUUACUGUUGGAAGUAAAUUAAUAUUAACCUUUUUUUAAGCUCUAAGGUUAGCUUAUACUGUGGGAAUACAAUGUUUCUUUUCACAUCUCCAUCAGUGAGUCAGUAAGCCCCAUUUAAUAAACAUCUACAAUGGUCAGAAACUGGAAAGUUGUAGAGGUAAUAAGGAGAAUACCUGACUUUGAGGAAGUUAAAAUCUUUUUUAUAAAUAGUCAUAUAUUUUAUUAACUAACAUCUUCCACCCAUCACCUUACUGGAGAUAAUCUACAUAUAAAGCUGCUUUUUUUUUUCUUUAAAGCAUGUUUUUAUUUUUUUAAUUAUAUGGGAAAACAAUUUUUAACAUUUUUUUUCUGGUGGGGCAAUGGGGUUAAGUGACUUGCCCAGGGUCACACAGCUAGU